AUGCCCUCUCGCUGUAGGACUGUGCUGCAUAUCGUAACCACCACCCUCUUCGCCACGGUGGUCCUGUUUGGGAUCCUGCUGGCCUAUGUGACUGGCUAUCAGUUCAUCCACACAGAGCAGCACCACCUGUCCUUCGGCCUGUACGGAGCCAUCCUGUCCCUGCAUCUUUUCCUCCAGAGCCUGUUUGCCUUCCUGGAGCACAGACACAUGCGCAGCCCCGCCCGGCCCCAGCACCUGCGGCGCUCUGUGGCCCUGUGCAUCGCAGCCUACCAGGAGGACCCAGACUACCUGAGGAAGUGCCUCUGCAGCGUGCGCCGCAUCUCCUUCCCCAGCCUGAAGGUGGUGCUGGUGGUGGACGGGAACAGACCGGAGGACCACUACAUGAUGGACAUCUUCCAGGAGGUGAUGGGUGGAGUGGACCAGGCUGGCAGCGUGGUGUGGAAGGGGAACUACCACAGUGACGGGGGUGGAGGGGUGGGCAGAGGGGGGACUGGAGCAGCGUCCCUGCAUGCGCAGGAGGCUGCACGUGUGGCCAGGCUAGUGAGAGGCUGUCGCUACUCCUGUAUCAUGCAGGAGUGGGGAGGGAAGAGAGAGGUGAUGUACACAGCCUUCAAAGCCCUGGGAGACUCUGUGGACUAUAUGCAGGUGUGUGAUUCAGACACAGUUCUGGAUCCAGCGUGCACCAUAGAGAUGCUGAAGAUUCUAGAAGAGGAUGCAAAGGUCGGCGGAGUAGGUGGAGAUGUUCAGAUCCUGAAUAAGUAUGACUCGUGGAUCUCCUUCCUGAGCAGUGUUCGUUACUGGAUGGCCUUCAAUGUGGAGCGGGCCUGCCAGUCAUACUUUGGCUGUGUGCAGUGUAUCAGUGGUCCCCUGGGCAUGUACCGCAACUCCCUGCUGCAGCAGUUCCUAGAGCCCUGGUAUCACCAGACCUUCCUGGGCAGCAAGUGCAGCUUUGGUGACGACCGCCACCUCACCAACCGCGUGCUGAGCUUCGGUUACAAGACCAAGUUCACGGCCCGCUCCAAGUGCCAGACUGAAACGCCAACGCGCUACCUCCGCUGGCUCAACCAGCAGACCCGCUGGAGUAAGUCCUACUUCAGAGAGUGGCUGUACAACGCCCUCUGGUUCCACAAGCACAGCCUUUGGAUGACAUACGAGUCUGUGGUGACGGGUUUCUUUCCCUUCUUCCUUGUUGCCACAGUGAUCCACCUGUUCUACCGCGGGCGCCUGUGGAACAUCCUUCUCUUCCUGUUGACAGUGCAACUGGUUGGCAUGGUGAAGGCCACCUACGCCUGCUUCCUGAGGGGCAGUCUGGUCAUGAUCUUCAUGUCACUCUACUCCCUCCUCUACAUGUCCAGCCUGCUACCAGCCAAGAUCUUUGCCCUGCUCACUAUCAAUAAGGCUGGCUGGGGCACGUCAGGGCGGAAGAAGAUUGUGGUGAACUUCAUAGGGGCGGUGCCUGUCACAAUGUGGGGGGUUGUGCUGCUGGGUGGAGUUGCCUACACCAUCUACUGUGAGACCCAGGAGCCCUUCAGUGAAACCGAGAAAGCGCUUCUCAUCGCUGGGGUCAUCCUGUACGCCUGCUACUGGCUCAUUCUGCUGGUUCUUUACCUGGCGAUAGUGGCCAAGCGCUGCAACAAGAGGGAGGAGCAGUACCACCUGCCGUACGCAGAGGCAUAAGACAUAGAUCCUUGUUCAGUCCCGUGUGGUGCUGCUAGAACAACUGAGCCAGUCUGUGGCCCCACCACUCUGUCUCCAUGGUGCUAAACCUCUGGGACCUAUGGGUCAUGAAUGUGUUGUAGAAUGACAAUGGACGGACAGUUCUCACAUUAACCUGGGAGACUUGGUUAAGUAGGUUACAAACCUUUUCUACAGCACAGAGUCCUCUACCAGUGGCCAUGGUGCUUACCAUGGAUAUAAAGCACAUUAUCACACAUCCCGUUUGGCCAUGGUGGGACAAGGUGUGGCCAGGAUAUACCAGAGAUCAUAAGAGUUAUGACACAGUGUGUGUAAGUAUGAAGCAAUGUUGAUAUGUUACUUGAUGCACUGAGCUGAGGGCCUUCUCUGCCUCAAUCAGGAGACACAAUGAUCUACAGUUGUAUUUGUGUAAUACAAAAAUUGAUAGACAAUCUAACAUUUAUACAAACAUAACUUACAAAUACAUUUGGUGCUGAUGAAC